GUGCACCGUGCCUUGUUGGCUGCAACAAGCGACUACUUCCAGGUCAUGUUCAAAGGGGUCAUGGCCGAGAGCAAGCAGGACACGGUUGACCUGAAAGGUGUGACUGCAGACGGACUUCAACAGGUCAUAGAGUUCAUUUACAGCGGAGAGAUGACCUUGUCCGAUGAGAACCUGACAGAAGUCAUCAACACGGCCAGUCAUCUGCAAAUUGCCAGCGCUAUUGACGUCUGCAGCUCUUACAUCAAGUCGCUGCUGACGUUUGACAACUACGAGGAGUUCAUGUCCAUCGCCGACACGUACUGUCUGGAGUCUGUGAUAAUUCACUGGGAAAAGAUGAUUCACGAGCGGUUCUUGGAGUUUAGUAACAAGCAGGCUUUCCUCAAAAUGGAUGGAGACAAACUGGCAUAUCACCUAUCACAGGAUUCACUGAGGAUAUCCUCGGAGUUUCAGCUCUUCCUUUGCGUCAUCAAAUGGUUGAGGCACGUACCAAGCCGGAUCAACACUGAUGCAGUGAAAUGCCUCAGUAGUCUGCGGUUUGGACUUAUGUCCGAACAGGAGCUGGCCCUAGUCCGAGACAACGACGCCAUCAAGAGGUGUCCAGUUAGCCAGCAACUCAUCGCCAAAGGAUACAGUUAUCACAUGGAUUGUAGAAAAGGCCAUCCAGUCAUCGAUGAACACUGCAGAGUACGGGCAGACAAGGCGGCGGUGGUAAUGGUCCACCUGGGCACCUCCCACAUGCCCUUUCAAAUCACGGCUUUCAACUCUUCCACCAAAUCAUUCCAUUGUCUCUUUAGCGACGUCAAUGGCAUCAGGGACUGCAGGGUGGCGUCUGUGGACAACUUCGCUUACGUCUGUCGUGUCAUUGACUUUGGCGGUGGUACACUCAUGAGCUCGUUGUUUAGAUUCGACCCUCGCCACCUGGUCGGGCAGGAGCUGCGUCCAAUGCGAAAACUGAGGUUGGAAUUUGCUUGCGUGGCUCACGGGCGUUGCUUGUUUGUCUUUGGAGGCACGACUGAGCAGUUUGCAAUUCUGGACGCCGUCGAAUGUUAUAAUGUGCAGUCUAACACGUGGGAGGAUUUGAACGCUCUUUCCACACCCACUCAUUCCUUGGCAGCUGUAUCUCAUGGCUCAAAGAUUUACUUAUCAGGUGGAGUCUCUGGACAAGAUAGGACUACAGUUGCAACUUUCUUCAGCUACGAUCCAGCCUCCCAAAGUUACGAAGUGAAACCAAGCAUGUUUUAUUCACGGCGGCUACACGAUAUGAUUGCUUGCAAAACGAAAAUCUUUGCCCUGGGAGGUAUCACCCGCCAGGGUAUUCCUCUCUACGGACAAAUCCCUAUUGAAAGUUUUGACAUGCCAACGAACCAGUGGACAAUGCUAUCGUCCACGUUGGGUGGACGCUCUGUUGGUCACUACCUCGUUCACGACGAUGGACAUAUUCUGUCCUUAGGCCAUGAACAUCAUAUCGCCACAGAGGAUGAGAUGUGGCUCUACAGACCUGACACAGACUCCUGGGCAAAGUACGCCAAGGCUCCCCAGCGGAUGAGCCUCAACUCAGCAAUCAGCACUCACCUUUACGUUAAUUUCUUCCAUGAAAAGGUUGCUUCGAAGCUGAUGAAAGAAAAAUGA